AUGCUCAUUCGUUAUAUGCAAAGAUGUCGUUGUAUAUGUACUCAAACUCGAUAUAGAUUUUUUUCUACAACAAAUAUUUGUUUUGAUUUGAACCAAGAACAAAAUCAAGUAUUGAAUAAAAAAGUGCAAAAUGAUAUCCUUCCUAUUGAUAAUAAGUUACCUACUGUAGCUGAUUUACCUUCGUAUUUACCAGCACCAACUGGUAUUAAAUCAAAAUUAUUUGAUGAUUUUUAUCUAAUAUAUCGUUUUGGUUUUCAUCGACCUAUUCGAUAUAUUCAAAUUCUUAAACUUUCACAAACAUUAGCAACUGCUCUUAUAACUCCAUAUCAAAUUUAUAGUUAUAAUGAAGGUUUAAUAACAUUGUUUGAAUUUCAAUUUUCGCUCUUUCUCUUAAGUCUUGCAUCAUUUAGCCUUUAUUUUUUUGGUUGGGCUGCAACAAGAACUAUUUGUUUCAUCUAUACAAACGUUGAAUGCAAUCGUGUUAUGUUGACUCAUGUUGAUUUUUGGGGUAGACGUAAAAAUAUUGAAUUGGAUACACGUGAUAUAAUACCAAUAAAUGAUAUUGAAACACCAAAUAAGGCGAUCUUACCAUUUAAACGUUACUCAACAACUGAUACAAUGUAUUAUUCUACAAAACUUAGUGAAAUACUUGAUCGACCAAGAUUUAAUCGAAUAUUUGCGGGCUUAAUAACACAAGAUACAAAACAUUGGUGGUAA